AUGGACGAUAUCUUCUGUCUGGUGGAUGGUACCACCAAUAUCGACACCCUUGUCCAAAAGUUCAACAGAGCGCACCCCUCGCUAAAGUUCACUGCUGAUUCUGAGGCAGAUAACGAAAUUGUGUUCCUCCAUGUCCUUCUACACAGGCAGGAGAAUGGGUCUAUCCAGCGCAGGGUGUUCCGAAAGAAAAACUGGACGGGACAAUACACUAAUUUCCACAGUUUUGUUCCCCUCAACAUCAAACAAAAUCUAGUCCAGGGAUUGGCAGCUAGAGUGAGGCGCAUCUGCUCACCUGAAGCUAUUGAAGCAGAGCUCCAACAGCUGAGGAACACACUUUGCGAGAACGGAUAUCCGGAUAGAUUUAUCCUCCGAAAUAUUGGGGAACGCAUUGCAAAGCCCACUGUUGCGACUGCGGAAAAGAAAGAUGUACUCAUAAGACUGCCUUUUGCAGGGGACGCAGCGAGCGAACUAGUCAGACGGCGCUUCACUGCAGCUGUCACGAAAGCAUUCCCGCGGCGAAUUUACGCCUAUGUUUCACAAACCCUUCCCUCCUACGUUUGGAAGGUAAAGGCAGACUACCGUUUGAGGCCACAUCAACGUGCAUCUACUCAUUCACUUGCUCCUGUGGAGCAGGAUACGUCGGCCGUACAACGAGACGCCUGGUAA